AGUUGCUCUUCGGUCGUGUUCCUCUCGACCAGAAAAGAAAAAAUGAAAUUUUCGGCUCUUAUACUGGCGUGUUUCGUUGUUUUCCUGGCGGGAAAGACGUACGCUUAUCCGACGGAAGACGGAAGCAUUCCGGAAGCGGAUUCGAAAAUUCCGGCAGUCGGUGCUGACGACGACGAGGAUUUGAGUUGGUACAAACCAAUCGCUGUCAUUUUGAAACCGGCCACCGAAAAGGAACUGGAGGAUCGACUGGAUCCUUCCACUUCCGGGACCGAAGAAGAUGCAUUUCCAUUCAAUCCACCGCUGCCACCAAUGACGCCUGCCGUUUCCUUCCAGCGGCAGCCGCUUCCACCCUGGGGCUACCGGCCACUACUGCCACCGUGGCAUCCGUAUUUCUUCCGGAGCAAUUAUUACUACGGCCAACCGGAAGCAAAUUUGUUUCGAAGUUCUCACGACGAUUUGAAUUUCCCGGUUAAAAGAGAAGAUGAUGACCAGGGCAGUUGGCUGUCCAGUUUGGGACUGGCUGCCUAUCGGACGGAAGACCUGUUUGGUGAAAAAGACCCUGGGCCACAUGUUGGAUUCCGGGGGGAUGAUGUCGAGGGUGGGACCCGCCAACAAGGUGGUCAUCAGCACGGAACUAACGUAGUUAAGUUAAAGCCCUUUUCGCACAAACAUAGUAAGCAGCAGUGGAUGCAGGAUUUUUACGGGCCGCCAGGUGCAGUCGGCCCCAUUGGUCCAGCAGGGAAAGACGGAACGAACGGAAUCAACGGAAUUAACGGAGUGGACGGCAAGGAUGGCAAAGAUGGAGAUCAGGGACCUGCUGGACCCAUUGGACCACCAGGACAAGUCGGUCCUCCGGGGACAAAUGGAGUUAACGGACCAGCGGGGGCUGAGGGCUCCCCCGGAGUACCCGGAGUACAAGGCAUCCAGGGCAUCCAGGGCAAUACCGGACCGCAGGGCAUUCAAGGAGAAAAGGGAGCGGCCGGAAUUAAUGGCCUAGACGGACUUAACGGGUUGAACGGAAAGGACGGAAUUGCGGGACCUCCAGGACCCCAAGGACCGAUUGGAGUGCCCGGUAAAAAUGGAAAAGAUGGCAAAGACGGGCCGAUUGGUCCCAUCGGCCAAGCAGGCCCGGCUGGAAUUCCUGGAACAGAUGGAAAGGACGCAAUCGACGGAACAGACGGAUCGGACGGAACAAUUGGAGCAGCCGGACCUCCUGGACCCUCAGGAAAAGAUGGCAAAAAUGGAAGUCCUGGACAGCCGGGCACAGACGGACAAGAUGGUCAGGAUGGAACACCUGGUGAACCGGGGCCAGCUGGAGCUGCCGGCGCCGCUGGAAGUGCUGGACCCGCCGGACCACCCGGAGUGCCAGGAGCACCGGGAGCACCUGGAGCUCCAGGAUCGGGAUAAACAGCAAUAAAACAACAACACGAAUAAACUUGUGUAACAUAAUAAUUAAGUGUAUCCCAUUGGUUAUUGUCGACGCCCUUUUUCUUCUUCCAAAAAUAAAUUAUUGAAAUAAA